UCCACCCUCUCCCCCACCCCACCCACCCCACCACCACCACUUCCUCCGCCGUGAACCGCCGUCAUGAUGGCAAAAGCCACCACCCUUUCCAGUGAAGUAAUGAAAAAAAUAAUUCUUUCCUACACUUACUUAGCAAUUUGGAUAGUCCUUUCUGCUACAGUCAUUGUAUACAACAAGUACAUUCUUGAUAAAAAACUCUAUAACUGGCCUUUCCCUAUUUCCCUUACAAUGAUCCACAUGGGUUUUUGUUCUUGUCUAGCUUUUUUCCUCGUACGUAUCCUUAAGUUUGUCGAACUUGUCACCUUGUCUCAAAGAGUAUACUUAACAUGUGUACUUCCCAUUGGUGCACUUUACUCACUUUCCUUAUGGCUCUCAAAUUCUGCUUAUAUUUAUCUUUCUGUUUCCUUCAUUCAAAUGCUUAAAGCCUUAAUGCCAGUUGCUGUAUACACCAUUGGGAUUUUGUUUAAAAAGGAUAAUUUCAAAAACUCAACUAUGUGUAACAUGUUGGCAAUUUCAGUUGGUGUUGGUAUUGCUGCUUAUGGUGAAGCGAAGUAUGAUUCUUUUGGGGUUUCUCUUCAGCUACUUGCUGUUUUGGUUGAGGCAACUAGGUUGGUUAUGAUUCAGAUAUUGUUGAAUUCAAGAGGAAUUAAUUUAAACCCCAUUGCUACUUUGUACUAUGUUGCUCCUAGUUGCUUUGUUUUCUUGUUUAUUCCAUGGGUUUUUGUGGAACUUCCAGUUUUAAGAGCAGAUAGUAAUAGUUUGGGAGGGUUUAGUUUUGAUUUUGUGAUUUUUGGUACUAAUUGUUUAUGUGCAUUUGCAUUGAACUUAGCUGUGUUCUUGGUAGUGGGAAAGACUUCUGCUUUGACUAUGAAUAUUGGUGGGGUGGUUAAAGAUUGGCUGCUUAUUGCAUUUUCUUGGUCAGUGAUUAAGGAUACUGUGACUCCAUUGAACUUGAUUGGGUAUGGAUUAGCAUUCUUGGGAGUUGCUUAUUAUAAUCAUCAGAAGUUGCAGAUGUUAAAGGCAAAAGAAGCAGAGAAGAAGUCUCAGCAGGAUGAUGAAGAAGGUGGGGUUUUGUUGACAGAAAGAGAACAGAAUGGAACAGGGAAGAAGGGUGAUUCAAUGGACUAAUUUGAGAAGAAAUUGGGAAUAUUGACAAAAUUGGGUAUGAAGUAAUUAACUUUAUAUUUAUGGCAGGAAGAUAAGGUCUUGCAUGACAUGAAAUGUGGUGUU